AACAAAUGGUCUCUUCCAGGAACGUCGUCGCCUUCGAGCAGGAUCGUCACUUCCACGUUCCUGCCGAACUUUAAGUAUAACACAGUCAUAAACAAAAUGACGAUCAGAAAACAGAGGGUCACUGUUUUGCUGGUGUCACUUUUUGAGUUCUUCUUUGUUUCCAGAAUAUUUUUUGUGUGUUUGCCAUGGUCUACUUCCAUUGUGCCCUUUGUAAUAAUAGUACGUGUUAAUUUUAGAUGAAGUUCCGAUCAAUUUUGCCCUCGUCGUAUUUGUAGUAGCCUAAUAUUUUUCUACUAGACGCGAGCUGUGUGCAUUCAAGUUGCACGUCUCUGUGCAUGUACGGUAUAUAUAGACCUAUAUAAAACAGUGGCGCUGAGUCCCUUACCCUCCAAUCCGAUUCAGUCUAAGUCACAUGACCUGCCUAGGUUCAGAGACCACCCUUCAAUGCUUCACCGGCAUUAGGUGAAAAUAAACGGGUCACCGAUUCACGUGAAAUCCUCUGUGAAGGAUUAUAAAAAACGUCAGCGACCUGCAUGUAUUUACCAUUUAAGGAAAAAGGACCUGUUGUAUACUACAUCCUAAGUCUGUCCUGGUUGAGCUGGCUAGGUAUCAAUGUCUUUGGUGCCUAUAUGUUGGACUGGAAUGUGCCUUAUACCCAGGUUAUACUGCAAUAUGUAGCACAGCCUCAUCAUAACAGUACAGAUGCCUUAUCCACCAUGAUCGGCCUUUCCAUGCUGAUAUGCCAACACGUGCGUCGACUUGAUGAGUGCCUGCACCUGAACAUAUACACAAGUGUGCACAUGAACGUUCUCCCCCAUAUGAUGCAGUAUCUGCUUCCAGUCUUCCUGGGGCUAAGUCUGGUAGCUGAGGGACCCCCUCUGGAGAGACAAGGUCUCUUACACCUGAUAUGCUGCAUCAACUGGUAUCACCCUGUGGGGAUCAUGGUCUUCAUCCUGGCCUCUAAACACCAGCACAUCUGCUACAGCAUACUGACCAGCCUGAGGAAAGACAAGUCAGGUCAAAUAGUUUCCACAGGGUACAAAGUUCCCAGGGGGGACUGGUUUGGCUGGAUUUCCUGCCCCCAUCUCUUCGCUGACAUCCUCAUCUACACCGCCAUAGGGAUCUGCCUGGGACUGAGACAGAGAGCCUGGUGCCUGUGUACCCUGCAUCUCCUGGUGCAUCACAUCUUCUAUGCACUGCAUAUCCAUAGGAGGUAUGGGGUGGUCUUCAAGAAGGAGUAUCCCACCGACAGGGCGGCCCUCAUACCAUUUCUGUUGUAGCAGUGUUGUGAAAGAAAGAGUAUUUCUUUAUGAAAUUGAGGUUGUAGUGGUCAGUCAUUCCUAUAUAUUACUUUGGGAACAUUUACGAUGAAUUUUAUUGACCUUUCUAAUGUACACUAACUCCACAAAAACUCUUGCUGAAUUCAAUCAGAUUAACAGUCUUACGCCCCUCUUGUUCCCAGUGUAUUUGCAUAAUCGCCAGCUUUCUAUAUUCUACUCAAUCCCAGAUGGAGGCGUGCUAGUUUGUUAAUCUGAUUGCAUUCAGCAAGAGUCCUUGUGGAGUUAGUGCACAUAAGUUGACAAAAUUCAUUGUGAAUGGUCUCUUGGUAUAUUGGGAUUAGGUGGCUGGCUUUUCCCACUUUUAAGCAAUUUGACAAUGAAAGCUGAGGCAGAAUUUG